AUGACAUGCUAUUCUCCUACCUCCAGAAAUGUACAAUUCGCCACCCUGUGUACAGAGAAACAGUCACCACAGUUCAGCAACUCAGCUUCAAUGCUCUUGCCACAGCCCUCAGUGCAUGACAAUCAGCAUUGGAGAGCAUUCCCAGCCAGAAACUCGACCCCCAACAAGCCAAAGCUAGGGUUGCUGAGAACAGCAACCAAGAAGGAUCCAGCAAGGAAUCAGACAAGAAUAAUGGUGGCAAAAAUGCAAGGGCUGAAUACAGGCCAUGAAGGAUCUGAUGUUUUGUGUGCAGAUGUUUUGGACAUGGAAAGAUCUCAGAUCCAAAGGAGAAUACUCAUUGGAUCCUGGAUUUGGGAGCUAGGCAUCUUCACUGCUGGCAGCGAGGUCUUGGAGGCAACUGCUGUGGGGGAUGUUAGCAUAACAACCAAAUAUGGAGACAUAUUGCUCCAGAACAUUUUGUAUGUUAAGAAUCUCAAUAUCAAUCUAUUAUCAACCAUGUCUUUGACAGAUGAAGGAGCACAGGUGACCUUAGACCAUACAGGCAGCCAGAUACAUCUGGCAAAUGGAAUAAUACUUAAGAUAUCAAAGAAUAGUAAAUGUGGAUUACUAGAGUUCCAAGGUGAUACAUGGCAAGAAAAUGCAAUGACAGUGUCAACACAACCACUUGAAGGUGUCAGCAAAGAAUUUGAGCCAAUUGUAGAGAAACAUGGAACAUCCACCCAACAACUGUGGCAUGAACACCUGGGACACCCAGGCCGAGACAAAGCUAAGGCCAUCACCAAAAGAAUAGGAAAUGACCCCACAAUGCAAAUGGACCCAGAUACAGCUCUGACAUGUGAGCAGUGUAUAUGGUCCAAGAGCACAAUUGCAUGGAUGGGGCAAGGUAGUGGAGAAAGGUCUGCUGCCCCCCUUGAUCUCAUACACAUAGAUCUGAUCAUUGAUGCAUCACAUGCAACAGAGCACACAUGCAUAUUGGUGCUGGUUGAUGAUCACAGCAGAAGCUUAAAGGUGAUUUGGUCUGAUCAAGGAGGCGAAUGGAAAAGUAAUGAAGCAUUAGAAUGGUUGCAAGACAAAGGUAACAAAUGGCAAACUACUGUAGGACAGAAUAGCAAUCAAAAUGGACAGGUAGAGAGAAUGAACAGAAGCCUGGGUGAGAAGAUGAGAGCACUGUUGAUGCAGAGGGGACUGCCAAAGAGCUUCUGGCCCUAUGCAAUCAGAGCUGCUGCCUUCAAGAUGAAUCUCACUCCAAAUGUGGAUAACAAGUUACCAUACCAAGCAAUGUUCAAGAAACCACUGGAUUGGCUCAUCUGA